GCUUCCGGUCUAGUAAAUCCCGGGCGCGUUCGCGCUGCCGGAAGUGGAGGGAGCGUGGACUUGGUGAACGCGCGCCUCCGCGGGGACCGGAAGCGGAAGCGGCGCGAGGAGUCUGGGGGAACCGGAGACUGAGGGAGAGCGAGGUGUUAACGUGCGAGACGAUGUUACCCAUCUAACACUGUGUGACAAGCUUAUUAGUUCAGUAGUGGAAAUGGUGCCAUAAGCCUGCUGAUUUGAUGGUCUCCUUCCCUGCAUGUGAAGGUUUGCCGUUUGACUCCUCCUCCAUGAACCGACCAUAAAGCAGCGACCCUGUGAGUGCAGCACUGAGCUCCUAGUGAGUAACUGGUGAGAGAAACACGCAGAGAGGGUAAGUCAACAUGGAGGAGUCUCACUUUAACUCCUCGUAUUUCUGGCCUGCAGUGCCCACGGUUUCUGGACAGACAAUACAACACUCGUAUCCCUCACAGCAGAUUGACAACUCCAUGUUCCUGAACAAAGUCAAGGAGCAGCUGAUCCAGGAGAAAGGAUGCAACCUGAGCUCACACUACCCAACUUUCCUGACUGUUCCCACCUCCAUGUCUCUGCCUGCGGGGAUCAGUAUGGACACAGACAGCAAGUUGGAGCUCCAUGGAAUCCAGCAGAGCCAAGCCUCUGUCACGCAGAACAUCACUGUGCUACCUGUGCCCACCACCGGCCUUAUGACAGCCACCGGCCUGGUGAUUACAUCUCCUUCUGGAUCGUUUGUGACUACACCGUCAUCUUCAGGCCAGACAUUUCCAAUCACUGCACCAUCGACUAUGAUCGUCUCUGCGUUACCUGGUUCCCAGGCUCUGCAGAUGGUGUCCGAUCUCGCAAAGGUCAAAAUCUCUGAAGCGGGUACUGCAGGAACCCUCAAAGCAGGCCGGGGGCGGAAGAAGAAGCGUCUCCCAGAACCCACAUUGCCUGACCUUAAUGACCCCUAUGACCUUUCCAAUGAGGAUGAUGAUGAGCAUCAAAAGGAUGGGAAGACCUAUCGGUGCCGCAUGUGUUCCAUCACCUUCUUCUCCAAGUCAGAGAUGCAGAUUCAUUCAAAGUCUCACACGGAAACAAAGCCACACAAGUGCCCGCACUGCUCCAAAUCAUUUGCUAAUAGCUCCUACCUAACCCAGCAUGUGCGUAUUCACUCUGGAGCUAAGCCCUACUCCUGCACCUACUGUCAGAAAGCCUUCCGCCAGCUCUCUCACCUCCAGCAGCAUACACGGAUCCACCUGAAGGUUCAUGGUGCUGUAUCCAAGCCCCACAAGUGCCCGCACUGCUCCAAAACCUUCGCCAACAGCUCCUACCUGUACCAGCACGUGCGCAUCCAUUCGGGGGCAAAGCCCUACAACUGCAGCUACUGUCAGAAGGCCUUCCGCCAGCUCUCUCACCUCCAGCAGCAUACACGGAUCCACACGAAGGUGCAUAGUAUUGUAUCCAAGCCAUACAAGUGCCCGCACUGCUCCAAAACCUUCGCCAACAGCUCCUACCUGCACCAGCACUUGCGCAUCCAUUCGGGGGCAAAGCCCUACAACUGCAACUUCUGUCAGAAGGCCUUCCGCCAGCUCUCUCACCUCCAGCAGCAUACACGGAUUCACACAGGAGACAGACCAUACAAAUGUGUUCAUCCUGGCUGUGACAAAGCUUUCACCCAGCUUUCCAACCUGCAGUCUCACCGAAGGCAGCACAAUAAAGACAAACCUUUCAAGUGCCACAAUUGUCACCGAGCGUACACUGACGCAUCUGCCUUGGAGGUCCACCUGUCAACACAUACGGUCAAGCACGCAAAAGUCUACACGUGUUCCAUCUGUAGCCGCGCAUAUACUUCGGAGACUUAUCUGAUGAAGCAUAUGAGAAAACACAAUGCUCCUGAACCCCAGCAGCAGCCUCCAUCGCAAGUUUUGACUUCACAGGCACAUUUCACACCAGUGUCUCAGGCCCCGACUUCUGAUGGGCCUCAGUGCUCCUUUGAUAUGAAUCCCUACAAGACUGACCAUAACAGAGACUUGUGUCUGACUGUGGCCACCAGCACAAUCCAAGUGGAACAUCUUGCCAGCUCCUAGUUCUAUGUAAGGGGACAAGUUGGCCCCUAUGUUAAGAGGAUAGGGGCACUUUGGACCAGACCAGGAAGAAGAGAGAUAGAUUGGGUUCUAGGCCAGCCUCAACUUUUGUGAUGGGAUGGGGGUUAAAAAGGACAACAAACACAGCCCAAUGUUCUAGGAGAAGGCUGCUACUCUGAAGAAGCCUUAAUUAGAGGGAAGAUGGAUGAAACAUUAAGCUUACCCCAGCUGUAAUUUGUAUUGGGCUGCAGGUUGUUUCCGUUCAUGGGCAGAAUGAAAUACGUGCCCUGUGUCACUUGUUCUACAGAACAGUUGGGGGAAACUGAGCUUGUGGAGUUGCAUUUAAUGCUGAUUUAACAUCACAGUGCAGUGGCUGUGCAUCUUGGUGAGGCUGCAGUGUCGCCUCACUGAGCAUGAAUGUAGUAGCCAACCAUUGCUUACAUAUAGAAGCCAACCAUUGCUUACAAUGCUCUGGUGAACAUCUAGGAUUCCCAAACUUGGCAAGGCUCCACUUCCAGUGUAACCUCACUUGGUGCCAAUUGUGGGCUUCCCUGGUGUAAAAUUAACACAAAGCUGCCAUUGUACCUUUUCCCGGAGUGGAGGCAGUAGCCCUGUUAAUGCUUCAGUUGCCUCGUGCUUUCAUGUUACAGCCAUGGAAGGUGUAAACCCAGCAACACACGACAUUGGCAGGUUCUCGGAGCCGGACUAAAAGAAAGCAGAAAGAUUUGGGCUUCACGGACUUACUAUUUUAUACCCUGAGAAUUAAAAGGGGACCGGGAGGGGUGGGAGUAACACUUUGUAUUAUGUAUUAUUAUGUUAUCCUGAUUUGGUUCCUAUUCUUCCUCCAUUGAUACCCUACUUGGAAGCACACAUUGCAGAAGGGUUGGGGGAGUCGUUUUAAAGACUGACGCUACAGAUCUCUAGGAAGGAAGGAGUUCAUGGAUUUACGCUCUGCAUUAAAGGUUUAUAUUAGAUAGUUCUGCUAAUCGGCCAGGCAACGAGCGUGCAGCCUGUAUCCUGGAUAUAAUUAUGUAUAAAUAUAUACAGAACAAAGUGUAUUGAACUGCUGUCGUCCACUUACUGCUAUUGCUCAUUUCCCAUGUGAGAGCCAGGUACCUAAUCAUAGGCUUCAUAGUCUGCAGUAUCGCCCCACAAACUUGUAAUAUUUGGUUCCAUAUAUGUACAAUUCCGGAGCUUGCUCUCACCUGCUUACAGGGAAACCUUAUUCAGAGUACAAAACUGGUCUCAAAUGCAUUUAGCACACAAGUGAUCUGUAUUAUCAUAUGACUGUGCUCCCUUCCUGGUACAUCUUCACUCACAGAGAUGGAGCAGUUAAAUGGAUGGUUCACCUUUAUGUUACCUUUUAGUAUGUUAUAGAAUGGAUAAUUAUAAGCAACUUUUCAAUUGGUCUUCAUUAUUUAUAAUUUUUAUAUUAUUUACCGCCUUCUUCUGACUUUUUACAGCUUUUAAAUGGGGGUCACUGACCCCAUCUAAAAAACAAAUGCCCUGUAAGGCUAGAAACAUAUUAUUGGUACUUUCUAUUUCUCUUCUUUCUAUCCUGUCCUCUCCUAUUCAUAAUCCAGCCUUUUAUUCAAAUCAAUGCAUGGUUGGGUAAUUUGGACCUUAGCAACCACACAGCUGACACUGCAAACUGGAGAGCUGCUAAAUAAGUAAAAAAAACACAAAUAAUAAAAAAUGAAACCCAAUUGCAAAUUGUCUCAGAAUAUCACACUCUACAUCAUACUAUAAUUUAAAGGUGAACGACCCCUUUUAAAAGUCCAGUUUGACCUCCUCCCAGCAAGUUCAUUGUAAGGAAUGAGAACUUACCUACACAUUUCUGUUAAAAGGGUACUCGUUAGUGAUUUCCUAAAAUGUAUAGUUUGCUGUUUUUUUUUUCCUUUUAAAUAAAUUUUAACCCCUUUUUUUU